ACCUACUAACCACCUUCCCCAUAUCUCGUCUGUCAUCAUCCCAUCUUACUCCCUCACUACCCUGAAGUUAUAGAACCGCACCAUGGUUGUUGAAAAGCGCCCAAAUACCGCGGACGAGGCCGACUUAAAGGUCUCGAAGCGCCUAAAGACCACUGAAGAGGCGGACAUAACCGUCGGGAAGCGCCCGGAGAUCAGGAACGAAGCGGACCUGACGAUCUGGAUGUGCAUGGACACAGUCACAGGCGUUCAGCAUACCCAAUGGUAUCAUUUCACGCCAGAAAACGAAACCUAUUAUGGAUAUUCGGACAAGCGUAGGUUUGACAUUACCUUCGACGAGUUCGUUGCCGGGCUCGAGCGUAUCAGCGACGACGCCAUCUUCCCCGAGGUCCCGACCGAUACACAAAUCACUAUCGCGCCGAAGAGCCUGGAUGCCGACACCGUUCACAUUAAACGCUCGGGUCUAAGGCGGUACGAAAACGCCGAAAAGGGGAGCACGUGCGGCGCCAAAGACCAGCUGCUUGCCGAGGUCCUCGUCAUGGAGAAGCUUUCCAAGACACCCCAUCCGUACAUAGUUGAGUAUUACGGGUGUACGGUCCACCGCGGGCGCAUCACGUCCAUUGCGACGGAGAAACUCGGGCAGCCGUUAAGCGUUUACGCCUACGACGACCCGCACAGGUUCAACCAGAUCGACAAGGCCGCCUUCCUCGCGGGAGUCGAGUCGGCCGUCAAGUUCCUGCACUCGCUCGGCCUCGCCCACAACGACAUUAGCCCCCUCAACAUCAUGGUCCGGGAGCCGAGCAACGGCGUCGGCGCAUGCACGCCCGUGCUCAUCGACUUCGAUUCGUGCGGGCCGUUCGGCACUCAGCCUCUGUCCCUCGGCAGUCCCGGGUUUUGUGACGAGGAGGAUGAGGACUUCACCUCGCAGAAGAGACACGACGAGUUCGCCCUCAAGCGUCUGGCCGAGUGGUGGGAUGAGGAACAUGACCCGAAGAAGCUUCUCUGUUUUGGGUGCGGCGGGAAGAAGGACUAGAUGGGGAGGCGAGGGAGGGCACCAGCCGGCCGCCUGUGCUUGGCUCUGCUUCUCCUUCUCUCCUCUUCAGACUGGCCGAAUCGCCCUAGAGGGGCGUCCCCGAAGAGGGCAGAUUACACACAGAACUGCGAUGGGCCGACACGGCCACUUUGGGGAUACAUACAACAAAAAAUGGAAUAUAAGAGCGGUGCAGUUGGGUUUUCUUAGGGCAUUAUAGACAGGCAUGCGAGAGGAUAGAAUAA